AUGCUUGACUAUAUAAUAUCCCACGGGAAGUUAAAAGAAAAACAGGCCCGGAAAUUCAGCCGCCAGAUUGCUAGCGCUCUAGAUUACUGCCACCGCAAUAGCAUCGUCCACCGGGAUCUGAAGAUCGAGAACAUUCUCAUCAGCAAAACUGGAGAUAUCAAAAUUAUCGAUUUCGGACUCAGCAAUCUCUUUUCUCCUCGUGCCCAUCUCAAGACGUUCUGCGGAAGCCUCUAUUUUGCGGCACCUGAGUUGCUCCAAGCCCGCGCGUACACUGGGCCUGAGGUUGAUGUGUGGAGUUUUGGAAUUGUGCUUUAUGUCCUUGUGUGUGGCAAAGUUCCAUUUGAUGACCAGAGUAUGCCAGCGUUGCACGCGAAAAUCAAAAAGGGCGCUGUGGACUAUCCGUCUUGGCUUUCUUCUGAUUGCAAGCAUCUUAUGUCGCGAAUGCUGGUUACCGAUCCUAAGCAAAGAGCGACUAUGCACGAGGUUUCAAACCAUGUCUGGAUGACCAAAGGCUAUACUAGCCCGCCAGACAACUACCUUCCUUUAAGGGAGCCCCUCACGAUAACUGCGCCUAGAGAGGCACACAUCAACACUGCGGCUUACGAGAUGCCCGGUGAAAAGUCCACAGGCGGCCGCGCACGCCCUAGGGCGCGCACCCACGGGGAGGAUGAACUGCCAGGGCUGUCAGCCAAGCCGAUCGCGUCGCCAACAAAGUUCGUGCAAAGUCUCUGGGCCAUGCACGCCGCGAAAGCAUCCAGCGUCGAAGGCUACUUCGAGAGGAGGCCAGAGAAGCAAAUGUUUUGGAGGAGACAGACCAGGAAAAUGGCGAGCAUAGCGGCUUCUCUACCGAUAGACUUGAUAGUUCGGAUCUUGCUAAACCGGUUUAUCUGA